AUGACAGAAAAACAGGAGGGUGUUUUUCGAUCAGUGGAUAUGGUCUUGACAGAGAUGUUCAUUCCGCAGGAAAUUGCUAGAGAUGCAGUGUACACUUUAGGGGAUACGGGGUUGGUACAGUUUAGAGAUUUGAACAGAAGUGUGCAGAAGUUUCAGCGUACGUUUGUGACGGAGCUGCAGCGGUUAGAUAAUGUGGAGAGACAGUACCGGUACUUUAAUUCGUUGUUAGAAAAAUACAAAAUUCCUAUUUAUGUGGAGAAUUUAGACGAAGAGGAAGAGUAUGAAACUUUGGUGUGUGAGAAUGGGGGGCUGACGCCUCUAUCGAGGUUUAGUAUGCCACCGAGCACAUCUGUGAUUGAUGAUCAUGUGGAGAAUGCCAAUUUGUUGGAGGAGCGGUUUGUGCAGUUGGUGGAGGCUAGUGAGCAGUUGGAGUCGCAGAAGACGAAUAUGGAGGAAUUUCGGUAUCUUUUGAUUGCUGUGGAAAGGUUUUUUAUGAGUGACGGUAGUGAUUUCCAUAAUUUCGGAGAUAUUGAAAAUGAAAUCAACGAGGAUGAACUGGAAAGCGGUACUUUGGCUCCUUCUGUGUCCUAUCUUACUGGUGUUAUCUCCCAUGAGAAGAUAAUUACGUUAGAGAAGAUAUUGUGGAGGGUCUUAAGGGGCAACCUAUUUUUCAAACAUAUUGAGUUGCCGGAUCCAUUGUAUGAUCCAAAAUUGAAAGAGAAAGUUCAGAAAGAUGCAUUUAUUGUGUUUACGCAUGGUGAUUUGAUCUUGGAAAGAGUUAAAAAGAUAGCAGAGUCUUUGGAUGCUAAUUUAUACCAAGUUGAGCAUUCAAGUGAACCUAGAUCUAAACAGUUGUCGGAAGUCAACGGUCGCCUUAAUGACUUGUACAAAGUGCUAGAAACAACAGCCGUUACUUUGGAAGCUGGUUUGUAUUCUAUCAGUAAAGAGUUAGAAGGAUGGAAUAAGCAAAUUUGUAAAGAAAAGAUGGUUUAUCAAACUUUAAACCUAUUUGCAUAUGACUCCAAUAGAAAAACACUAACUGCGGAGGGUUGGAUUCCGAAAGAUGAGUUAGAAACUUUGCAAAUAGAAUUGAAAACUUUGACUUCAACAUUGGGCAGUGAUGCACCUGCUAUUGUCAAUGUCUUGCAUACUAACAAAACUCCACCAACUUUCCAUCGUACUAAUAAGUUUACAAAGGCCUUUCAGGACCUUUGUGACUGUUAUGCUAUUCCGUCAUUUCAAGAAGUUAAUCCUGGUCUUGCGACUAUCGUUACUUUCCCAUUCAUGUUUGCCAUUAUGUUUGGUGAUCUCGGACAUGGUAUGUUAAUGGUCAUGGUUGCACUGGUGUUUGUGUACAAAGAAGCGGCUAUUGGUAAAAUGAAGAGAGAUGAGAUUCUUGACAUGGCAUACUCUGGGAGAUACGUUCUUUUGCUAAUGGGUUCAUUUUCCAUUUACACUGGCUUGUUGUACAACGAUAUGUUUUCAAUAUCACUAACAGUUUUCAAAUCUGGAUGGAAGUGGCCUGCUUCCUGGGAAGUUGGUGAGACAAUAGAAGCCACUCAAGUUGGUGUAUACUCUAUGGGAAUUGAUUCUGCGUGGCAUGGGGCGGAAAACGCUUUGUUAUUUAGUAAUUCCUUAAAGAUGAAGUUAUCUAUCAUUAUAGGUUUCAGUCAUAUGCUAUAUUCUUACGGGUUUGCUCUAAUCAACGCACUUUAUUUCAAUGAUAUGGUUGAAAUAUUCUGCAAUUUUAUCCCUGGUUUGUUGUUCAUGUGCAGUAUUUUUGGUUAUUUGGUGGUAUGCAUCAUUUACAAAUGGUCUAUUGAUUGGGUUAAGAACAGCAAACCAGCUCCUGGAUUAUUAAACAUGUUGAUAAACAUGUUUUUGGCCCCCGGUAAUAUACAGGAACAGCUAUACGUGGGUCAAGCACAAUUUCAGGUCUUUCUAUUACUAGUCGCACUUGUUUGCAUUCCAUGGUUGUUGCUGGCAAAGCCAUUAUAUUUCUAUUAUAAUCAAAAAAAACAUUUACAUCAACCAUUGCCUAGUUCCGAUUACGAUCUGGCCGAUGUUACCGUUGAAGAACAUCUUCCUGAGGAUUACGAUCUUUCUACCGACGAUCAGAAUCCUGAAGGCAGCCAUGGCGAAAAUCUAGGUGACGUUAUAAUUCAUCAGGUUAUUCAUACAAUUGAAUGGUGUUUAAACUGUGUCUCACACACAGCUUCCUAUUUACGGUUGUGGGCUUUAUCUUUGGCGCACGCCCAAUUAUCUACGGUUUUGUGGUCGAUGACCCUUCAGCGGGGAUUUGAAAUGGAUGGACCAUUUGGCAUUUUUAUGAUAGUUUUUCUAUUUGCCAUGUGGUUUGUUCUCACUUGCGCUAUAUUGGUGAUUAUGGAGGGUACGUCUGCGAUGUUACAUUCGCUACGUUUACACUGGGUGGAAUCUAUGUCUAAAUUCUUCAAGGGAGAAGGAACUUUAUACGAACCAUUUGUAUUCUCCUACAAUGGAUUUGAAUAA